AUGGAGAUUGACUAUGCCGAGCAACGCACGCUGCCUGAAGAAAAUCUGAGCCCCAUUGCACCAAGAUCCUCAUUCGUCGAUUUUUUGAAAAGAGGGAGUAUUCAUCUGCGCAGAUCUAGUAAACAAGACAACUCCAUCGCCUCGAACUCGACCAAUCUUCCUACGAAACCGAAUCCAACGGACGAGAAGCUCGACGGCCCGCCACCCUUCACGGAGAUCACUGGAGAUCUCGAGAAAAGCCAAGAAAAGGAGGCCGUACCGGCCUCAGAACCCAAGCCAGACCGAGUAGGUUCCGAUGCGGCAACCGCAUCGGAAUCUAUUCUACGCAAACAGAACCAUUUCAAUCUUGACCAUAUCAUCUGGGAUGACUCUUCAAGAGAUGGCUUGAAUCGGCGCGCAUCGGUUGAUCUAGACGAUAUGAUCGCGCGCCUCUUACAGGCCGGACAAUCAAAAGCUACAAAAAAGUUCUGCCUUGAACCCACCGAGAUCCUAUCUAUCUGCUCAAUCGCACGGAACCUAUUCCUCUCCCAGCCCAUCCUCCUAGAGCUUAAUGCGCCCGUCCGAAUCGUCGGCGAUAUCCACGGCCAAUACACGGAUCUGCUCCGGAUCUUCGAACAAUCCGGCUAUCCCUCCACCACCAAUUAUCUUUUCCUGGGCGAUUAUGUUGACAGAGGGAAACAGAGCUUGGAAACCAUACUAUUGCUACUUUGCUACAAGCUCAAAUACCCCGAGACUUUCUUCCUCCUCCGAGGCAAUCAUGAGUGCGCCAAUAUCUCCCGUAUCUACGGCUUUCAUGACGAGUGCAAGCGCAGAUCUAACGUCAAGGUCUGGAAGACAUUUACUGACGUGUUUAACUGUCUCCCGAUUGCGGCCGUGGUGGCGGAGAAAAUAUUCUGUGUCCACGGUGGCCUUUCUCCCAACUUGACCGAUAUGAAUGAAAUUCGAACCAUUGUUCGCCCGACCGAGAUCCCCGGCCAAGGCCUCCUAACCGAUCUACUCUGGAGCGAUCCCGCAAAUAUCAAAGAUUGGGGACCGAAUGAAGAUCGAGGUGUGAGUUGGACAUUUGGACGCAAGCCCGUUGCCAAUUUCCUGAAACGCCAUGACCUGGAUUUGGUGUGCCGGUCACACAUGGUAGUGGAAACGGGCUAUGAGUUCUUUGGGGAGAGGAGUCUGGUGACCAUCUUCUCGGCGCCGAAUUACUGCGGCGAGUUCGAUAACUGGGGGGCUAUCAUGACGGUCGACGAUGACUUGCUUUGUAGUUUUGACGUUCUCAAAUCCCCGGUCCUGCCUCCGACCAAUGGGCGAGCGAGGAGAAAGAGUGAAACUAAGGCGUGGGAGAAAGCCCUGUAA